UCCCGUGGGGCGGAGAUGGUGAGGCUGACGCGCUCUCCGUGCGCCCGGCUCCUCCUCCGGCCGACGCGCGUUACGCUGCCGGGAAGCGUGUUUGCCGUCUCUCCCCACGCCGGCUGCUUCCGAGGCGGCAUGGAGAAAAGCCGGGGGACCUUCGGUGGGCCCAGCGCGGACCCGGUGCGCAACUUCGAGCGCUGGAAGAAGAACUACGCCAAGCGCAAGGACCGGCUGCGACAGCAGCGCCAAAAGCAGAAGCGCCCCGCUUGGGAGGUGGAGAAGGAAGGCAUCGCCAGGCUGCAGCAGAGUUACUCGCAGAUAAAUGCAAAUGAGGUUGUAAGAUUUUCGGAUUUUCCAUUAUCUAAGAAAACACUGAAAGGACUGCAGGAAGCUCAGUAUCGCAUGGUGACUGAAAUCCAGAGGCAGACCAUAGGUUUGGCCUUGCAAGGUAAAGACGUAUUGGGAGCUGCGAAGACUGGAUCUGGCAAAACGUUGGCUUUCAUUGUACCUGCUCUGGAAAUCUUAUACCGUCAGCAGUGGACUCCCAUGGAUGGACUGGGAGUUCUGAUCAUAUCGCCGACCCGAGAGUUGGCCUACCAAACGUUUGAGGUUCUGCGUAAGGUGGGGAAGAAUCACGAGUUCUCAGCCGGCCUUAUCAUUGGUGGAAAGGACCUGAAACAAGAAUCGGAAAGAAUCCACAAUAUAAACAUACUGAUAUGUACUCCGGGACGGCUUUUACAGCACAUGGACGAAACAUCAUAUUUCCAUGCCUGCAAUCUGCAGAUGUUGAUACUUGAUGAAGCUGACAGAAUUCUGGACAUGGGUUUUGCUGAUACGAUGAACGCAAUCAUAGAAAACCUUCCCGAGACGCGCCAGACUCUGCUUUUCUCAGCCACACAAACCAAAUCAGUGAAGGACCUGGCCCGGCUGAGCUUGAAAGAUCCAGAUAUAUCUGGGGUACAUGAGAGGCAAAGUUUCAGUACUCCAGCAACUUUGGAACAGAACUACGUUGUUUGUGAACUGCACCAGAAAAUCAAUAUGUUGUACUCCUUUUUGAGAAGUCAUCUGAAUAAGAAAAGUAUUGUAUUUUUUGCAAGCUGUAAAGAGGUAUUGAAUAUCUAUAAUUCUAUCUCUUAACCAUUUAUAAAAAAU